GGUCCUACCGCCUGCGGCACUGCAGGCAAGAUGGCUGCGAACGGUGACGAAAUCGGCGACGUGCGAGUCGGAGUUUGUGUACAGGAAAUAGUCAAACACGAUCUGGAAGCUAAGGCGGUUGUACAGGACAUCUGGGAAUGUGGAGGCCCACUCCAUGCGCUGAAUGAGCUCAACUUUGCAGCCAAGGAAAAGCUAAAGGUGCUGCGGGAGAGGAUAGAGGACUUGGAAAGGCUUGCCCGGGAGCAGGACAGGGAGACCACAAAGAGGCUACUUCUGGACGAUGUGGAAAAUUACAAGCAACAACUCAUAAGCACACAGACAACCCUGAGAAAAGCCAACCUGGCCUGUAAAAUGGCCAUUGACCGAGGAGAGAGGGAAGAUUUGUUCAAAGGAGAGGAUGGAGAAGUCAGACAAAGAAAACACACCAAGGAGCAACUGACGAGGACAGCAGGAAACAUCACAGAGAAUCUGAUGUCCAUCAGCCGUAUGAUGGCCAAUAACGUCAAACAGAGCGAGAACACUAUGCACACAUUAGUUAGUUCCUCGAAGACGGUGGGCGACACCCAUGAAGAAUUUAAGAGCCAAGGAGGGACCAUUCAGAUCAGCCGCAAGCUCCUGUCCAAGUAUAACAGGAGAGAACUUACAGACAAGCUGCUCAUCUUCCUUGCUGUGGCAUUCUUCUUUGCAACUGUCUUGUACAUCCUGAAGAAGAGAGUUUUCCCCUCAUGACACACAUGCAGGGAUAGAUAGAUGUCCUUGUGUGGGGUUGUGUAUGCUACGUCAGAAGACUGUCUCAAUUAGAACUGACCUGACUACAUUAUGCUUCUAGCAGCCCUUCCACUGGUCAGGCCACUAGAAGCUUGAUGACCAACACCAGUGAAGAGAAUUGGGAACAUCCAGUGUACAAAAUACUUUUUUGAACCAGGUUGCCCAGUGGGCAACCUAUGGCAAAAAUUAGGUUGCCCAUCAGAAUUUUAGGUUGCCCCACCUAUAAGUU